GCGCCUUUGUUGUCAGGCGGUAGCAAGGCGACUGUUUAUCCUUCGAGCUAGCUAGUCUGGUCAGUUUUAUAGAUAGAAAAUAUAAGAAUUGCUAAAUAUGAUCGGUAUUACGUUUUGACGUAACAGAAUCGUCCCGAAAGUGGGAUUCGUAGCAAAUAAAGUCGAAGACUUCAGACGCUAUUGAAGAGGAGGUUUUACAGACCGAGGAGAGUACACAUGUCGUCUGCAGCAGGGACAGUGGAAAAUGCCUCCAUCAUUUCAGAGAAUGUGGCCCAUGACGGAAAUCGCUUGUGGAUAGGCAACAUCGAUCCCAAAAUUACAGAGUAUCACCUGGUGAAGCUGCUGGAGAAGUUUGGCAAUGUGAAACAGUUUGACUUCCUGUUUCAUAAGUCUGGGCCUUUGGAGGGACAGCCCCGAGGCUACUGCUUCGUCAACUUCAACACCAGAGAGGAGGCAGAGAGGGCGAUUCAGUGUUUAAAUGGGAAGCUAGCUUUGUCCAAGAAGCUAGUGGUGCGCUGGGCGCACGCACAGGUGAGGAGGUUCGAAGGUUUCCGCAACGACAAGACGAUGCCGCCGAGCCUGGAACCGUCAUCCAGCGGCGCCACGGAGGACGGAGCCGUAACUACCAACCACCUCAGCACGAGUGCUAAGAUCCGCGCCAUCGAGGCCAAGCUCCAGAUGAUGGAGGAGAAUCCAGAUGAUGACUACUCGGGCCCGUCGGCCUACGUUUACAACAAGCCGCCAGAGAGGAAGCGCUGGGAGCCCUACUCUAAAUCACACCACAAUAACCAGAGCAGGCCCUUCCGCAAGUUUAGGAGAUGACCCAUCCUCCCAGAAUGAGGAGCCCUCACCCUCCUCCUUCCCCCCCACCUUGAGAACCCACCCACCCACAAACAGACUCUACUCUAGAUACUAUAAAGACUAUACACAUCCUAUCCGGGGAAUAGUUGUUUUGAAAGCUGUUCAUAGUACUUUGAGAACUCUUCGAGAGCAAUCGCAGCAAUCACGGACAAAAAGUGGAUUUGAGUUCAUUUGGGUUCAGUUAUUUUUGUUUUAACGUGUGCUCCUCACCUGACUGUUGAGCAGGUCGGAUCCCCAAUCAGGCUGUUUUCUCACUUUUUUUUUUUUUUUUUUUGAGAUCGAAUGCAGGUGAACCCAAUGAGUCACAUGACACACAGAUGCUUGGAAAGACAAAUUAUAGUUAUUAUUACAGAGUCUAAAUGCUGAUCCUCUUCCUGUUUUUGACGUGUUUUUGAUUUCAGGCUGUUAUUUAAGUGAAGUACAAUUUUUGUCUCUUUCAUUAAAGGGUUACUGUGUAGUAUUUGGGAAGUAAAUCCAAAGUUGGAUGUUUAAUAUUUGCAAUAUUAAUCAGGUCAUAAUACAAACUCAGAAAUAGUUCUUUUCUCCACAACUGAAUAAACAAGCUGUUUGAGAAAAUAAGGUCUGCAGAACACUGUUUUGGAACAGAAAGGUGGCAGGGUCCGCCACAUAUAAACAAAGUGUCAUACCCUUAUGUCUUUUGACAGUUUGAUUAUCCAGUUUAUUCAGCCAUGAAAAUAAAGAGUUUGUUUAAGCAUAAAAAAAAUCAGACAACAAUCUUUUUUUUCUCUUCUGAUAACAUUUCUUCCCCAAAACUACACAGUGCAGCUUUAAAGCAUUCGACAAGGAGGGAGAAAUACAGAUUAGUACCAGGUUUGUAUUAAAACGAGAAGCCACAGGCCGCUCAGCGACACAUACUGUAAGCUGCAGUAUUUUUGUGUGGUGUGUUUUCCUAACAGUUUGCCUUUUUUCCUCUCCCUGCUCUCUCCUUGGAUUAAAUUUUUUAUACGACUGCAGUCCAAAUCCUUUUUACUGACUUUUUUUGUGCCGUGUAGAGUUUUUUGGGUAUUUCCCCCUUGCCACAGUCUUCGAUUUUGAGUUUUUUUCAAUUAAAGGCAAUUCAAUAUCA